AGUGGGCGGGGCCGGCUGUUGGCGGCGGUUGGCGCGGCCCGGGAGGCGGCUGCACGUGCAGGCGGGGGCGAUGCGUCACUGAUCGGAGGAACAAGUAUGAAUAUGACUCAAGCCCGGGUUCUGGUGGCCGCAGUGGUGGGUCUGGUGGUUGUCCUUCUCUACGCCUCCAUCCACAAGAUCGAGGAAGGACACUUGGCUGUGUACUACAGGGGAGGAGCUUUACUAACUAGCCCCAGUGGACCAGGCUAUCAUAUCAUGUUGCCUUUCAUUACUACGUUCAGAUCUGUGCAGACAACACUACAAACUGAUGAAGUUAAAAAUGUGCCUUGUGGAACAAGUGGUGGAGUCAUGAUCUAUAUUGACCGAAUAGAAGUGGUUAAUAUGUUGGCCCCCUGUGCAGUGUUUGAUAUCGUGAGGAACUACACUGCAGAUUAUGACAAGACCUUAAUCUUCAAUAAAAUCCACCAUGAACUGAACCAGUUUUGCAGUGCCCAUACACUUCAAGAAGUUUACAUUGAAUUGUUUGAUCAAAUAGAUGAAAAUCUGAAGCAAGCUCUGCAGAAAGAUUUGAACAUCAUGGCUCCAGGCCUCACCAUACAGGCUGUGCGUGUUACAAAACCCAAAAUCCCAGAAGCCAUAAGAAGAAAUUUUGAGUUAAUGGAGGCUGAAAAGACAAAACUUCUUAUAGCUGCACAGAAACAAAAGGUUGUGGAGAAAGAAGCUGAGACAGAGAGGAAAAAGGCUGUUAUAGAAGCAGAGAAGAUUGCACAAGUGGCAAAAAUUCGGUUUCAGCAGAAGGUGAUGGAGAAAGAAACUGAAAAGCGCAUUUCUGAAAUUGAAGAUGCCGCAUUCCUGGCCCGAGAGAAGGCGAAGGCAGAUGCUGAGUAUUACGCUGCACACAAAUAUGCCACCUCAAACAAGGGUACUACUGUAUUGCAUUACUGUCUUUGGUCUUUUUCAAUUGCAAGGAGUUUCCCAACCCAGAGAAGUUUGAUCCAGGACACUUUUUGGAUAAAAAUAGCAGCUUCAGCCUGCCCUUCUCUCCCGCACUGCCAACCCUGAGUUGGGUUGAGGCCACAGCACCAGAGGGAGAGGAGGAGCCAGAGCUGGGAGCCAGCUGUGGCCUGGGAGUACAUGGCCUCCUAUUAGGAAGGUGGCAAGAAGAAAGUCUACUACCAAGAUGGUGACAUUGGAAAUUAUUAUUAUGGACAGGGUCAGCCUAUGAAAUCUCAUAGAAUCCUCAUGACCCAUAACUUGCUGUGAACUUAUGGGUUAUAUAGAAAAAUGAAAAUAUACAGUUCCCAUAAAACCACGGCUGAAGAAAUGACAAAAUACCACAGUGAUGAGUAUCUCAAAUGUCUGCAUUCAAUAAGAUCAGGUAACAUGAAUAUGUCUGAGUAUCGUAAGCAGGUGCAGAAAUUUAGUGAUGGAGACAAUUGCCCAGAGUUUCAUGGACUCUGAGUUUUGUCAGCUUUCAACUAGUACUUGGGGCUUUGAAGUCAAACAAAACCUCAAACCGAUAUGGCUGUUAACUGGGCUGGAGGAUUACAUCAUGCUAAGAAAUCCGAAGAAUUAGGAUUCUGUUAUGUUAAUGAUACUGUACUGUACUUGCCACCCUUGAAUUCCUGAAGUAUCACCAGAGAGUCUUAUAUAUUACUGAUAUUCAUCAUGGUGAUGGUGCUCAAGAAGCUUUUUAUGUAACAGACCAUGUAAUGACUGUAUCUUUCCAUAAAUAUGGGGAACACUUACCUGGAACAGGAGACUUGAGGGACGUUGGUGCAAGAAAAGGCAAAUACUCUUGUCAAUUUUCCAAUAAGAGACGGUAUAGAUGAUGAGUCAGAUGGGCAGCUAUGUAAGCUUAUUAUCUCAAAAGUGAUGGAGAUGUAUCAGCCUAGUGCUAUAGUUAGUGUGGUGUAGACUCACUGAUGAGACUUGGUUGCUUCAAUCUGAUGGUCAAAGGUCAUGCUAAAUGUGUAGCAGUUGUAAAAACUUUCAAUUUACCAUUAACUGAUGCUUGGGAUGGGGGGUGGAUAGACAAUCUAAUGUUGCUUGAUAUUGAACAUGUAAGACUGCAGCCCACCCAUAAUUGUGAAGUUUCCAGUGAAUUGCCACAUAAUGAUUACUUUGAAUAUUUUGGACCAGUCUUCAAACUGCGUAUUGGUUCUUCAAACAUGACAAACCAGAACACCACAGAAUUUAUGGAAAAGAUAAAACAGCAUUUAUUCAAAAAUUUACACAUGCUACCUCAUGCACGUGGCAUCCAGAUUCAAACUAUUCCAGAAGAUGCUGUUCAGGAAGACAGUGAAGACAAAGAUGGAGAAGAUUCAGAUAAGAGAAUUUCUAUUUGAACAUCAGAUAAAUAGAUAGCUCGUGAUGAGGGAUUCUCAGUUCUGAGGAUGAAGGAAAAGGAGAUUGUAGAAAUGCUAUCAUAAAGAAAAAGUAAAGAAAGCUAGAAGCAAAGAAGACAAGAAGGACACUGAGGGCAAAAAAAAAGUAGAUGUUACGAAAGAAGAGAAAUCCAAGGACAAGAGUAGUGAAAAAACAAAUACCAAAGGAGCCAAAUCAGAACAGCUCAGCAACCUUUGAAUUAGAGUUUCACCAAUUUCAGAAACCAUAAAAAGGAGAGAAAAGGAAGGAAGAAUUUUUUUUUUCUUUUUGAAGACUUCUGGUUUCAUUUUAUACUAGCUUGGCAUGGACUGUUUAUUUUCAAAAUGGCUUGUUUUUGUUUUUGUUUCGUGUGGCAAGUUUUAUUGUGAGUUUUCUAAUUAUAAAGCAAAAUUUCUUUUCUCCAUCAUGCUUUAUGUAGUAGUAUUUAAAAUUGAUGUUACUCUGUCCAAAAAUCGAUCUAUUAAAAGAAGUAACUGGGA